GAAAACACACUCACAUUGGACUCCUCAAUCCCUGCACAUGCUAACGCUAACCUAGCCAGGUUUACUAAUGAACAGUGGGAAGUGAUAAUGGACUCGUUACAAAAAUUCAACCAACCGAUCAAUGUUGAUGAUUACCUGAACUAUAUCACAAACUCACCGAUCCUGGUUCAGCCUGGGGUUCCUCAGGCCCAUGAGAUGGCAUCACUCCUGGCUGAGCUGUUGCUGUGGUCGUCCCGGAGCACCUUAGACGUCCAGGACAACGACAUUGGCACAUACCAGUUCUACGAUAAAGGAGAGCCAGCUCCCCUGACAGCUCACCAUUACUUCAAUGAGAAGCAACAGUUUUCGGAGGGUCGUGGCUACCCGUGGUCUCUCAAGAAUCGAAGGCCAGAGAAGCUCCGUGACUCCCUCAAGGAACUUGAGGAGCUGCUGCAGAGUACGCCCGUCGUCUGCUCCCGAUGGAGGACCAAGCAGUGCUGUCAGCUGUUGCUAAGUUCUGGCGUGCUGGCCAGUGUGUGUGUGUCCGGGGGCCAGUGUGAGCGCGUCAGCAUAGACAGAACCCUGCUGGGUCGUCUGCCUGCAGAAACCAUCAGCCACGCCGUGAUGACUGACAGGCUGCUGCUGCUGUGCUUCGUGGAGAAGGCCCAGGUGUGCCUGGUGCAUGUGGGCUGGAAAGGCCAGAGCUCCCCAGACCCCAGCCAGCGCCACCCGGACAAGCUCUCCCCCUCGGACAUCAAGAUCUCCAGCGUGGCGCUGCCCGGUGGCGGUGGGCGUCGCGUGGGGCGGCGCGUGGGCCUGAGCCGCUCGCAGGACGUGGGGGUGGUGUGGUGGCCGGCCCCCAGGGAGGAGGAGGCCCGGCCCUGGUCCCCGCUCCCCAGCCACGCCGAGCGGGCCAACCUGGUGCUGCUCAGCUGCUCCGAACCACCAGGACUCAAGGUACUGAGCUGUAUUCGUACCCAGGGAGACCUGCUGGACUGCAGCUUCAGCGUGACGCAGCCCUACCAGCUCCUGACGGUGGAGGUCCCCCCCGACACCGACGCCCCCUCCUCUCCGUCCAGCCCCCCCUGCGCCACCGCCACCGUCACCGCCCUCUGCUCCGUGUACGAGAGCGCCCGCGGCCGCCUGCAGCGCCUCUCCGCCCAGCCCCUCCCCCUCUCCUCCCCGCCAAUCAGCUGCGCCCGUGACCCCUCCGAGACCCGCCUCCUGUUGGGCCUGAGCGACUCCUCAUUGGUGCUCCACGACUGGGGGCGGGAACAAAGCCAACGCCAGCAGCAGCAGCAGCAAGCCCCGCAAGGUCAACAACAGCCAGGCCCGGGCCAACUGCAGCAGGGUGUGUCGAUGCGUGUCCACUGCCCCAUGCUGCCCAGCCUGUGUGCCUGGCACCCCGGGGGGGGCCUGGUGGUGGUGGGCGGGAGCCAGGGGGAGCUGCAGUGCUUCGACCUGGGCCUGGCCCCCCUGCCCCUCAGGCUGCUGGCCGAGGAGCUGCCCUGGCCGCCCAAGGGCCCCACCCUGCAGCUGUGUCGGCACCUGAGGGACCCCGGGGGUUUGGUGGGGCUGCAGUGGGCCGCACAGGCACUGUGGGGGGGCCAGGGAGGAGGAGGAGGAGCAGGAGGAGGAGGAGGAGAGGGGGGGGUGAUGGAGGUCCACGAUGUGCUGAUGCUCAACUUCCACGGCGGGCCCCUGGCUGCUCUCAGGCUUAGACUGGGUGCGCUGACGGGGGGCCAGGUGGGGCCGGUGGAGUUGGUCCAGGAGCGUCUGCGUCAGGGGCAGGUGGAGGAGGCGCUGGGCAUCCUGGCAGCGCUGGACUGGAGCACCAUGGGGGCCGAGAGCUACCGCGCCCUCAGUGCUGUCACAGAGCACCUGCUGAGGCUGCCACUAGACGCCCAGCACGAGGCCCAGUUGGAGGCAGCACUGGGCGUGUUCUACUCUCCGUCGCGGCCCAUGUCGGACACGGUGAUCCUGGAGUUCCGCGAUCCCAUCAGCAGAUACGCCCGACGAUUCUUCCAUCACCUGCUCAGGCACCAGCGCUUUGAAAAGGCCUUCCUGCUGGCGGUGGACAUUGGGGCCAGGGACCUUUUUAUGGACAUCCAUUAUGUAGCGCGCGAUAAGGGGGAAUUGGUGCUGGCGGACGUGGCCAGGAAGAAGGCUAAUGAAAUGGAUGCAGAGUCGCCCACGUCUGACUGGGAGGGUCAUCCGUCUGUGUUGGGCGUCAGGGCCGGAGCGUCUGGACAGACGGACGGACGGCAGGAUGGAGGGACGGAGCGCAGAGCAGGCCUGGAGGGGCGGGGUCAAGCCCUGACACGCAGAACAUCACAAGACAGACCGCCAUCAUCUGGUGCUGUCGGGAGGUCAAAGGUGAACAAGGCCCUGGAGGUGGAGUUUAUUAGCAAGCAGACCUGGCCAUGGACACACACAGAAAUUAAUCUUGUUGACCAAAAUGAUCAGGAUACGGAGGACACUGGGACACUCAAGGUUAUUCACUUUGGAUUAGUAUGAGUGCAAACUUUCCCUGUCUACAUGUUAACACACGCUGAGGCAUCAGACACAAGCAUGGAGUGGGUUCUCAAGGCGCUCUAUUGACAAAGGGAGAGACAGAUGAAGACUGUGUAUCUAAUAGGAUCAUGUAUUGCAAACACUGUUUAUAAAUAAUAUGGAAACUGAAUCUGUGUGCUGAAAAAGGGAAACAUAUUGUGCUUUUAUACUUGUAUGUGGUGACCUCUUGACAACUACGCAUGUAUAAAAUAAUAAAUCUAUAUUUUGCUAUGCCGU